AUGGAUGAUCAAAGAAGUGACAGAUCUAUUAACCCAGAAGAUGAAUUAAGCGUAUCAAACAUAUCAGUUCAAAGAUCAGAUUCUGAAGAAAAGUGGGAAAGACUCACAAAAAAACUCAACAAGACAUCAAAAUCCAAAAGGAAAGCUAAAAGGGACAAGUCAGCCUGGAAUUUUCAAAAUAAAAUAAUCUUGUUUACAGUAGUCCUCUUCAUUAUCAGUGUAAUAAGUUGGACAUUAUUGUGGCUUUUUAUAGUUGAGGCAGAAAACAAAGAUGCUUUGUAUUUUGUUGGACUAUUUCGUGUUGCCAACAUUGAAUUUCUUCCAGAAUAUCGGCAGAAAGAAUCUAGGGAGUUCCUUUCAGUAGCACAGAAUGUGCAGCAAGUGAUGAAUCUGGUGUAUACCAAAUCUGCUUUCUCAAAAUUUUACAAGCAAUCCAUUGUCUCCGAUGUCAGUUAUCUUGUAAGUCCAGCACAACUUUAUAAAAUGAUUGAAUGUGGAAUAAAUGUUUUCAUCCAGUUAAUACGUGGUGCAAACUGUAUCUAUGAUCUGCAUGCAGAUCACUUGCAUCAGCAUUUUCCACUGGACUUUUUGGAAACAUCAGGAAGGAUGAUCUGUUAUUUUAAACUGAUUGCGUUGGUUGGCUACUUAAUUCGCCUUUCUAUAGCAUCCAUUCGGAUUGAAGCAGACAACUGUAUUAGUGAUUCAUUGACCAUUUAUGACUCCCUAAUGCCAAUAAAGAGUAAGAUAUUAUAUCGAAUAUGUGAACCUUCCAAUUCAUUGAUAUCUUUUGUUUCUACAAAUAAUAUGAUGUUAGUUAUGCUGAAGUCCGCACAAGUUAGGCAAAUGAAGGAAUUUCAUGGCUAUUUUGAGAUGAUUCCACAAGAAAAAUGUGGAAAUACUGUAUUGGCAUUAGGAAGUACCGGAUUUGAAGGGCAAAUCAUAAGUCCCUAUUAUCCCAACUAUUAUCCUCCAAAAUGUAUUUGCAUGUGGACUUUUCAGGUAAUUUUAAAUACCUUUGGUAUUGCACUGCUGUUUCAUAAUUAUAUGAUCAGUGAAAAAAGCAUUAAAGGCUGUGAACAUGGAUGGUGGAAAAUUAAUGAGCUAAUGUAUUGUGGCUAUUACAUCGAUCAUCAAACAAUAUUCCGUGUGGCAAACUUGGUGGUUAACAUGGAAUUUCAGUGCAGCUCCAAGCUUUCUGAACAGCCCUUUCUUGUGGAAUAUGGGAGUUACAAUAUCAGCCAGCCUUGUCCACUUGGGUCUUUUGAAUGCCACAGUGGGUUAUGUAUUCAACAAAUUCAGCUUUGUGAUGGAAUCAAUGACUGCUUCGAUGAAAGUGACGAACUGUUUUGUGACAUAUCACCCCAAAAUUGUAGUAGCAACCUCUUAACACAGCAUCAUUCUUUUGUCUGUGAUGGAAUAAAUAACUGUAAAGAUGGUCAAGAUGAAUUACAUUGCACAGAAAGCAUUCCCUGUACAAGCAAUACUUUUAAAUGCAACAAUGGGAUUUGCUUCAGGAAACAAAAUGCACGGUGUGAUGGAAUCUUGGACUGCCUUGAUCGAAGUGAUGAAAACAACUGUAGCUGUGGCAAUACUAGAUACAGCAACACUCACAACCGGAUUGUGGGGGGUUCUGAGACCCACGAAGGAGAAUGGCCCUGGCAAGCCAGCUUGCAUUUUGCUGGAGUUGCUUAUUGUGGAGCCUCUGUGAUAUCAAAGGAGUGGCUUCUCUCUGCUGCCCAUUGUUUUCAGGGGAACAGGUUAUCAGAUCCUAGAAUUUGGACAGCUUACUUGGGAAUGCACACACAAGGAAAAGCCAAAUUUGUCUCCACCUUGAAGAGAAUCAUUGUCCAUGAAUAUUAUAACAGUCAAAAUUAUGAUUAUGACAUUGCUCUGCUACAAUUAAGCACCCCAUGGCUUGAAACAAUGAGAUGGUCAGUUGGCCCAAUAUGCUUACCUCCCACCAUGCACAAUGUGCAUACUGGAGAAAAAUGCUGGGUAACAGGCUGGGGACAGAAGCAGGAAACAAAUGAUGACACACCAACAAUUUUACAGAAAGCAGAGGUGGAAAUUGUGGAUCAGACAGUUUGUCAUUCAACAUAUGGACUUAUCACAAGUCGCAUGCUGUGUGCUGGAAUAAUGUCUGGAAAAAGGGAUAGCUGCAAAGGAGACUCUGGAGGACCUCUAUCAUGUCGAAAUAAAGGUGACGGAAAAUGGUUUUUGAUGGGAAUUGUUAGUUGGGGCUACGGUUGUGGAAGACCCAAUUUCCCGGGAGUAUAUACAAGAGUGUCAAAAUUUGCUACAUGGAUACAAAAAUACAUGCCUUCAGUUUUUAGUUAGUAGUGCUUAUAUUCCAGAGGAUAUGAAACAUCUUCAUUAAAACCUUAUUUAAUAAAUUAUUA